AUGGCAGCAACAACCACCCUCAGCGUCCCUCACCUCGGCGGCAUCGACGUCGGCUACCGGCUAACCAACAACCGGUACGACCCCACCAAGCCGACCGUGGUGCUGCUCAAUUCCAUGUGCAUGACUGUGGCUCUGUACGAUGCGCAAUUCAGCGACGAAUCCCUCACCAACGCAGCGAACCUCCUCGCUAUUGAACCCCUCGGCCAUGGCGCCACUCACUGCCAUGUCGCCGAGCAUUUCACCUACUGGGAUACGGCGACCAUGGCAUUACAGGUGAUGGAUAAACUAGGGAUUGAGAAGGUGUUUGCCCUGGGGACGAGUCAGGGGGGGUGGAUGGUGGUGAGGAUGGCGCUGUUGGCGCCGGAGAGGAUCCUCGGCCUCCUCCCCCUCGGCACCUCAAUGGACUACGAAUCCUCCCUCUCCCGGAGCAAGGGCUGCUGGGAUCCCGUGACACUCCUUACCCCGUUCCUCGAAAAAUGGAGCAGCGCAACCCCAACACCCGAGUUCAUCGUCGACGAUAUCUGGUGCGGGAUGGUCGGAGGGAUCGGAUUCGGGAAAGAUGCGACCGAAGAGACGGUCGGGUUUUGGAAACGUACGUUGCAAGAGGUAUAUACUGGUGAUGAGGGGCGGAAAAAGGUGCGGAUGGCGUUGAUGUGUUUGUUGACACGGGAUGGGUUGCUCUUACGCUUAGGGGAUGUGAAAUGUCCGGUUUAUUGGUUACAGGGCACGGAAGACACGCCCUUUCAAACCACCGUGACGACUGAACAGAUUGAGAGAUUCACCGGAUCAGUAGAGGCAAAAUUAGAGAUCGUGGCAGGGGGCGCACAUUAUCUGAAUGCGACCAAUGCACGGGACGUCAACGCUGCAGUGUUGGCAAUGGUGCGGAAAUACGGGGCGUAG